UACAUGGUAUCAUAUAGUACAAAGCCAAUUGUUUUGUUUCGCUUCAUCGUCAAUCAUAAGUGGUCCAAAAGUUAAGGCUGCCUGCGAAGGCUGCCCCAAUCUGACCAGGCCAGCCAGGUCACACUCAAUAGUAGUAGAGGGUUAUAAGAUAAUGACUGGUCGAGGCAGGUCUGCUCACCCGCCUGGUGGCUGCCUCCCCGUCGGACAGCUGGCCCCUCUCCUCAGGGGUAGACGGGAAGUCCAGACCAGACUCCAGUGUCAUAAAUUUUUUUCUCGCAGUAGGCGCCGGCUGACGGUUGCAUCAGCAGCAUUGACUGGACGUGCUAGACUGCUACAGCAUAGCAGGGAACAGACGGCGACUCGCCAGUGGACCACAGCUUCACGUCGUGGGUCUUACUGGAAGAGCGUGUCAUCAGGCCCAAAGUCAGUGUACCAGCAGGAAGGUAGAGAGAGAAAAUAGCAUCGUCUAGUCCUCGUCUAUUGCAGAUAUCGUAUCCAAGGCUGUUCCACCCUGGUUCACGCGGUUGCACCGAAAACACACACACACUCCAGCCUCUUCACCACAGCCAGCCAGACUGAAGAUCAAUCUG